GUCGGAGAUAGGGUUUCCUCUCGCGCCGCCGGAACAGCGGCAAACCCAGCCUAGGGCGAAGGGAAGAAGGAGAAGAAGAUGGUGGAGAAGAAGGGAGGAGCGGCGAGGAAGGAGGAGGUGGUGACGAGGGAGUACACCAUCAACCUCCACAAGCGCCUCCACAGCUGUACAUUCAAGAAGAAGGCGCCCAAUGCCAUCAAAGAGAUCAGGAAGUUUGCGCAGAAGGCUAUGGGCACUACAGAUGUCAGGGUCGAUGUGAAGCUCAACAAGCACAUCUGGAGCAGUGGGAUCAGGAGUGUGCCGCGGAGGGUUCGUGUGAGGAUCGCCCGCAAGAGGAAUGACGAGGAGGAUGCCAAGGAAGAGCUCUACUCUCUGGUCACUGUGGCCGAGGUCCCUCCUGAGGGUUUGAAGGGGCUGGGAACCAAGGUUGUUGACGAAACGGAUUAAGCUUUACCUUCUCUGCAUCUUUAGAAUGAGUUUAGUUUGAAUUGCAACAUCAAACUUUAUUUUGGCAAAUCAGAAGUUUUGGACUAUAGCACAUCGCAAGCUGUCUAUCUUCGUAUAUAUUCCAUGGAUUUACCUUUUUGUUCAUGUAGUGUUCAUUAUUGCCUCUGGUAUAAGCUCUGGUACUCAAUGCUCCAGUUUGGGAAAUCGCCUGUGGUUGCUCGUCAUAUUCAUACAUGAGGCCCAUGGGAUAAAUUUGAUGGUA